AGGACGUGAACCACACUAGAUUUACUGUGUGUGUGUGUGUGUGUUUUCUGUGUCCCUGUGUGUAUGAGUGUGUGUGUGUGUGUGUAUCUAUGGGAUGGUGAACAAUGUCUCGUGCACAGUUUCACUCAUCAGCCACUAGAGGGAAAUGCAGAGCAUCACAGCUGCUGUUUCUUCUUCUCUGGUUGGGGAAAACCUUUGGAGCCAUUCACAUUCCUAUCGAAUAUAACAUUUCUGACAUGAAAGAGCCCCCCCUGAUCACACUGCAGACAAAGUCGUACACAGCCUGCUACAUAGACGACAUCAGUCUGAUGUGUGAAGCUAGCGGCAAUCCCAAACCCACUUUUCGAUGGGUGAAGGACGGACAACUGUUCGACGACGAAAUGGACAGCACGGGAAUUAUUAAAGGUAACGAAAGUAAAGAGCUGAAAUUUUACCAUGGGAAAUACCGCUGCUACGCAUCAAACGAGCUCGGGACGGCAGAAUCGGGCCUGAUAGACCUCGUCACUGAGUCCAUUCCAGUACUGUCAGUUAAAGAGAAGAAAGUGGAGAAGAUCGCCAACAAGGGUGAAAGUGUAGUCCUACAAUGUAAUAUCCCAAACAGCACAGUGAGCUCUUACGUCCACUGGAUGGACAAGAAACUGAUGCAUGUUAAGCAAAGUGAGCGAGUCAUCAUCGGCCGGAACGGUAAUCUUUACUUUGCCAACGUGGAGAUCAGCGACACCAGAAAAGAUUACACCUGCUUCAUCCAGUACAUCGAAGCCAGAACUAUUUUAUCCUCAGAGACAGUCUCUCUGUCUGUCAUAUCCUCCAAUGAGUUGGUGAACAGACCGCCUGGUCUCCACCAGCCUCAGGGCACACACAGCAGUUAUUUUGCUCUGCGAGGACAGAAUCUCAUCCUGGAGUGUAUUCCGUACGGCCUGCCAACUCCAACAGUCAAAUGGCAAAGGAAAGACGCUUCGCUUUCCUCCAGUCAAGCAACUGAGCAGCAUUUCGGUCGCUGGCUGGAGUUCUCGUCCAUCUCGGAGAGCGACGAUGGAGAAUACACCUGUACAGCCUCUAACGUGAUAGGGCAUGUCACACACUCAUACACAGUCAACGUGGAGGCCGCGCCCUAUUGGAGGAAGCAGCCUAAGAGCGCUCGCUACACCCCGGGAGAGACGGUCAGACUGGACUGUCACGCUGAGGGCAUUCCUAAACCUCACAUUACAUGGAAGAUUAAUGGAGAGCUCCUCUCCGAGACGAUUCCAGAACCGAGACGCAGCGUAGAAGGCGGGACUUUAAUCCUGAAUAAUGUUAAUGCUGCUGACACGGCUGUCUAUCAGUGUGAGGCCUCCAAUAAACACGGCACCGCCCUCCUUAACACCUACAUCCAUGUCAUCGAACUGCCCCCUCAGAUUCUAACUGAAGACAGUCGAGUGUAUAAGGCGACAGAGGGAUCCACGGUGUAUAUUAGCUGCGACACUUUUGGCUCUCCGCAGCCGAAGGUCACAUGGGAGAGUAAUAAUUUUGGUCCGGUUCUGUCCGACCCGAGGAUGAUUGAGUCGAGCAAUGGCACGUUACGCAUCAUGGACGUGAGCCACAACGACACGGGAACGUACCUCUGUUCAGUCGUAGACACCAAUCUGUCCAUUACUGCACAUCUGGACGUACUGAGCAAGACUCGGAUCGUGACCCCUCGUCAAGACCACCGGACUUUGAGAGGAACUCUGUUGGUUUGGCAGUGCAGUUACAAGGUGGACCCUCGACUCCCUAAUCCACUAAUCCAGUGGAGGAAAGAUGGAAAAAAAAUCGCUCCAGAUAACAAAUACACGAUUUUUGAAAACGGAUCACUGAUGAUCAAUCACAUCCAUGCUGAAGAUGCUGGAAAAUACACAUGUGAGGUCAUCACCACCCUGGACUCUGAUGUCAUCACUGGAUCUCUGACUGUGAUUGAUAAGCCUGAAGCUCCUCACUCAGUGAAGCUGGAUCAGAAGGAGAGUCGCAGCGUUACUGUAUCCUGGAGCCCCGGACACGACAACAACAGCCCUGUGAUUGCGUUUGUGAUUGAGAUGCAAGAAGAAUUGCACCUAAGACCCUCGAGCUGGAAGGAGGUGAUGCGUGUUCUUGCUGAAAUCCAUCACCUGGAGAUUUCUCUAAUUCCUUUCUGCAUGUACCAGUUCCGAGUGGCGGCGGUUAAUGAGAUCGGACAGAGUAAAUUCAGCCAGCCGUCCGAGUCGUACGCCACACCUCCUGCAGAACCUGAACUGGCUCCAGGGAACGUGAGGAGUGAAUCUACUGACCCAGGCAGCAUGAUCAUCACAUGGGAGGAGCUGGAGCCGAGGCAUUUCAACGGCCCAAGUUUCGGGUAUAAAGUGUAUUGGCGUGAAGCGGACAGCUCCGAGAAUAGGUGGGGUUCUCAGGUUGUUUCUCAUCCUCCGUUUGUAGUCAACGAAACAAAUACCUUCACACCCUUCGAGAUCAAAGUGCAGGCGGUGAACAAAGUCGGCGAAGGACCGAGUCCCAAAGCUGUCAUCGGCUACUCGGGAGAAGACGUUCCCCUGGAGGCCCCGAAUCAUAUUCGGGUGAAUCCGGUUAACGCUACGGCUGUAUCAGUCACGUGGGAGCCAGUCAACAGGACGUCUGUGCGCGGACAUCUUCUUGGCUACAGGAUCUACGUGAUGAGGUUGGGUACCAGAAAAGACCAUGUCCACAAGAAGAAAAAGAAGCGGGCGCUAGCUACGGUGAGAGAGAUGGUGCAAGCGAUGGACAGCAUGGAGGAAAGACAAGUGAUCGUCGUAGAAGGAAAAGAAGAGGCGACCGUAAGAGGUCUGGAGUUCUACUCCGAUUAUGAGCUGUCAAUCACAGCAUACAACAGCAAGGGGGAGGGGCCUCCGUCUAGCCCCAGCCACUUCAAGACAUCUGAGGGAGCUCCCGGUCCUGUUUCACACAUGAGAUUUGAGAGUCCUUCAAAUACCGAGCUGACGCUGUUCUGGAAAAAACCUCACAAGACGAACGGGAUCCUGAGAGGAUACGUCUUAAUGUACCAGGAGUUUGUGGAGAACGGUCCCAGCACACUCCAGAAGGUGGAGCUCGAUGAUCCGACUGUGACGCAUUACAUCGUGGACAAACUGGAUCCCAAACAUUUCUACAUUUUCUCCCUGAACGCGUUUACCGACGGUGGAAAAGGAGAAUCCGUCCAUAUUAACGCCACCACUUUACUCGAUGGAGUUCCACCAUCUUCUAUAAACAUGACAGUGGGAGAAACAGCUGUGAAUCUAAGCUGGGUUCCAGGAGAACGACAGCGAAACAUGGGCUUCGCAGUUCGUUACCACAGGGGGAAGAGUGAGCCAGAGAACGGUGAGUGGGAGGAAUCGGAGCAGGUGAAUUUGACGCAGGGCUUUUAUCAGCUGCAGGGACUGAAAGCAGGAUCCUUCUACUUCCUUCAAAUCCGCCACGACAACAUCACAUACUGGACACAAGCGCUGCAGACUAAAGGACCAGUGAUAGGAGGCGUGCACAACAGCUUUGCCACUCAGGGCUGGUUCAUCGGCCUCAUCAGCGCCGUGGUGCUGCUGCUGCUCCUCCUGCUCAUCCUCUGCUUCGUCAAGAGGAGCAAAGGGGGAAAAUAUUCAGUGAAGGAGAAAGAGGAAGGACAGAUCGACUCGGACGCGAAACCCAUGAAGGAUGAAGCGUUUGGAGAGUACAGAUCCCUUGAGAGCAGUGACAGCGACGAGAAGCGUUCGUUCAGCCAGCGCUCGCUAUGCGCCGACCUGAAGCGCGAGAGCGAGGACAGUCUGGGGGAGUACGGAGACAGCGUGGACAUCCAGUUCAACGAGGACGGCUCGUUUAUCGGGCAGUACAGCGGGCGCAGAGACACGCAACCGUACGCGCACGGCGAGCACGAGAGCUCAGGCGUCCCGUCCCCGACCAAACCCAACCCUCCACCCAGCAACAGCUUCCCCACCUCCAUCACCGGCACCUUCGGGGGGAACUGAGACACGAGAAACGACUCUGCUGCAUCACAAGAGACACUGAGACAGAGAGAUCAACCUGAACUAAUACUGGCAUUCGUUCAUUAGUACACAAAGAUCAUUUAUUGUCUGGCUAGCAACUUUCAUUUCAUUAAAAAAAAAAAAAAAAAACACAAGGGGACCGAAAAAUAUUCCAUCACUGCCGAUGACGUUAACACUUUUUAAAGCACACGCAUGCUCGUAAAAUUAAACACACACACUCACACACUCACACACACACACACUCACACACUCACACACUCACACACUCACACACACACACACACACACACACACACACACACACACACACAUACACACACACACAC